AUGAAAGCCUCAGCAUUCUCAACUGAUGAAGUCUCCUUUAGUUGCUAUAAUAAUUUCAUAUAUGUCAAGACAUACUGCUACAAGUUCCAAAAAACGAGCAUUUUCUCUCUUUCAUUUUCCUGUCCAUCUCAUGUUGGCGCAGAAUGCAGACAUAAUGUGGCUAAAAGCCUAAAACCCUUCCCCACGCUUCUACACAGUCACAAACUUCCAAAUAUUAUAAAGUUUCUUCACACGGUUUAUUAUGGAGGCUUUUCCAGCCAAAGCAAGGACUUGAACCUCGUGUGCACGAUGCAUGCGAACUGCUGUGCUGGCUUGGACAGUAAGAUUCAGGAUCUCAGGAUUUUGCUAGACGAAUGGAGAAACUAUUCAUCGUUGCUGAAAGAU